ACAGGGAGGAGUGAGUGCUACGUGAUGCUUCCUGUGUGCGUAGAGCCAAGGGAGAGAUCCUGAUCUGCCGCCGGAGUUCACUGCAUCUUUCCCCGUUGUCGGACCUCCGAAACCCCGCACAUUCCUCCAUCAUGGCGGUGAAUCUGAGUAAAAACGGGCCUGCGCUCACCGCGGCCUAUAAUGAGGUGGUGGGCGAGAAGUCGGAGACGAACUGGGUUCUCUUCACCUACGAGGGAAACACCAAUGACAUCAGGCUGGCAGAGAAAGGAGAUGGAGGUCUGGAGGAGAUGGUGGAGGAGCUGAAUAGUGGGAAGGUCAUGUAUGGGUUUUGCCGUGUUAAAGACCCCAACUCUGGACUUCCCAAAUACGUCCUCAUCAACUGGACCGGCGAGGGUGUUAAAGAUGCCAGAAAAGGCCAGUGUGCGAACCACGUCAGCUCUAUGGCCAACUUUCUAAAGGGAGCUCAUGUGACAAUAAACGCUCGUGCGGAGGAGGACGUGGAGCCUGAUGCUGUCAUGGAGAAAGUGGCCAAAGCUUCAGGAGCAAACUACAGCUUUCACAAAGAGACCAGCCGCUUCAGAGACUCGGGGCCGCAGGGACCUGUGGGAUCAGUGUACCAGAAGACCAACGCCAUGUCGGAGAUCAAGAAAACCAACAAAGACACAUUCUGGGCUCAAGCUGAGAAAGAUGAGGAGAAGCGUCUUCAGGAGGAAAAGAGAAGAGCGGUGGAUGAGAGACAGCAGCUGGAGAAGGAGAGGAAGGACAGAGAGAUGAAGGAGGCGGAGUUACGAGACAAGAAGACCAAAGAGAGAGCGUCACAGAUAGACGAGCAGAGGAAGUACCAGCAGAAGCAAGACGUGGAUAAUCGAGCCCAGCAGAAACAGCUGGAGGAGGAAGAGGAGAAGAAGCAAGCAGCACAGCAGAAACCCUUUUAUCGUGGGGAGUCGGUGGAGAAAGCCAACGAAGCUGCGGCUUUGGUUUCUCAGCGCUCUGUUAAUCCCAGAGAGAUGUUCAAACAGAGAGAGAUGGGCAUCAACCCGACAAACACCGACUCAAACACUCAGUCCAGUCCAAAACCAGGGCGGUUGAACAGCCCUUUUCUGUCCAAGCAGUCAUGUGAUCCAGAGCCAUUUCGCUCUCCUGUGCGUCAGGCCUCGCCUUUACGAGCCGCAGUGGCCAGUUUUGAGGAACAGCCCAGAUCUCAGUAUGUGGAAGCAGAGGCAGAAGCAGAGGCCGAGUAUGAAGAUGUUCAGGUGGUCAGUGAUAAAUACGAAGCACCGGUUGAACAACAGCAGCCACAGUAUGAGGCAGUGGAGGAGCCGGACGCUGUAUAUGAGAAUCCCACACAGGUGGAGGAGCAGAGCACGUAUGAGCCGGUGGAUGAACGCGGCGUCUGCGCUAGAGCUCUGUACGACUACCAAGCUGCUGAUGAUACGGAGAUCUCGUUCGACCCUGAUGACAUCAUCACCAGCAUUGAGAUGAUUGAUGAGGGCUGGUGGCGAGGAUACGGUCCAGAUGGGCAUUUCGGGAUGUUCCCGGCCAACUACGUGGAGCUCCUUUAACAACAACAACAACAACCAAUCCCCAUCAUCAGAGGCAAAAUGCACUGAUUCACCCCUACAUCCACACAUCUCUGAGUGAACAUGGGUCCAAAAGACUGAAACUAAAAUCACGGACCAAAACAGCCACCAUCACAUGACCCGCGGGGGGUAUUUAAACUCUCAGAUUGACAUUUCAUACUGUAUUAGUAGAGUUUUCUGAUUUUUUUCUUCAUUUCAAAGCUGUUAUCGUUUUAAAAAGCAGUCCUCUGAUUUCAAAUGUGCAGUAAAGUGAGACACAAAAAACCCAUCAGUGAUCAUGCAGAAAUGCUGGAUAUCUCUUUAGACUGAACCUUUUCUCAGUGUUUUAUCAAGACAUUCCUUUCGAACAUUAAAGAAACGCUCCAUUUAUUUUGGAAAUUACAGCUUCCCAAGAGUUAAAUUGUUGAGAUUUAGCAUUUUUGAAUCCAAUCAACCAAUCUUCUGGUCUGGCAGGAGAACUUUUAGCUUAGCAUAAUUCAUUGAAUUGGAUUAGACCAUUAGCAUCUUUUUCCAAAAUGACCAGACUUUCGUUAAAUUUCUUUGCAGAUAUGGCUUGGAAUUAUUUUUUCAUUCCAGCAUAGUAAUCAAUGAACUUUGUGACAAUAUCCUGGCUAUAGUUGUGCAAUUGUAUGGUAUGGCAGCAAAGUUAAAUGAUCAUCAAAUCAGAAUAAGUGUAUCUUUCCUAGAUACAUCAGCAACUUUUUUUAUUUUCCGUACUUGGUACUUGAUGUAACAAUAGAAUAGUCCAGCUUUAAAUAGGAAAAUUGUCGAAAUUCUGGUGAUUUUUGAGUGAGAUGCUAAUGGUCUAAUCCGAUUCAAUGAACCAUGCUAAGCUAAGCUAAAAGUACUUCUACCAGAAUGAAUUCAAUUUUAUUUUAACUUUUUUUUUUUUCUCUCAUUUUACAACUUUUCUAGACUUAGAAGGGUUAGUUUUACCAUUAUUGAAUCCAUUCUGGUGGGAGCACUUUUAGCUUAGCUUAGCAUAGACAAUUGAAUCAGAUUAGACCAUUAGCAUCUUGUUUGAAUUACCAAAGAGUUUCUAUAAUUUUCUAGGGCAAUAUGGCUAGAAAUUAUGCUCUCAUUCCAGCACAAUAAUCAAGGAACUUUGCUACAGUAUCAUGGCUAUAGUUGCACAGUUGUAUGUUUUGACAGCAAAGUUAAUUGAUUAUUACAUCAGAAUGAGACACAUCAGCAGAUAACUUUUUAUUUUCCGUACUUAGUACUUGAUGUAACAACGGAAUAGUCCAGCUUUAAAUAGGAAAAUUGUAAAAAUUCUGGUGAUUUUUGAGUGAGAUGCUAAUGGUCUAAUCCAAUUCAAUGAACCAUGCUAAGCUAAGCUAAAAGUACUUCUACCAGAAUGAAUUAAAAAAUAGUAAAUCUUAUUUUUUGGCUCAUUUUACGACUUUUCUAGACUUAGAAGGGUGAGUUUUACCAUUAUUGAAUCCAUUCCGGCGGGAGCACUUUUAGCUUAGCUUAGCAUAGAUCAUUGAAUCGGAUUAGAUCAUUAGCCUCUUGUUCAAUUGGCCUAAGGUUUUCUUGGCAGAUAAUGCUAGGAAAUGUACUCUCAUUUCAGCGUAGUUAUCAAGCAGCUUUGCAACGAUAUCGUGGCUAUAGUUGCACAAUUGUAUGGUAGGGCAGCAAAGUUAAUUGAUUAUUACAUCAGAAUGAGACACAUCAGCAAAUAACUUCUUAUUUUCCGUACUUGGUGCUUGAUGUAACUACAGAUGAGUCAAGCUUUAAGUGGGAAAACUAUCGAAAUUCUGGUUAUUUUUGAGUGAGAUGCUAAUGGUCUAAUCAGAUUUAAUGAAUUGUGCUAAGCUAAGCUAAAAGUGCUCCCACCAGAAUGGAUACAAAAAUAGUAAAACAAUUUUUUGGCUAAUUUUACGACUUUUCCAGAGUUAGAAAGGGGAGUUUUACCAUUUUUGAGUCCAUUCUGGUGGGAGCACUUUUAGCUUAGCUUAGCAUAGACAAUUGAAUCAGAUUAGACCAUUAGCAUCUUGCUUAAAUGACCAAACGGUUUCGAUAAUUAACUAGGCCAAUAUGGCUUGAAAUUAUUCUCUCAUUCCAGUACAAUAAUUAAGGUACUUUGCCACAGUAUCAUGGCUAUAGUUGCACAUUUGUAUGUUUUGACAGCAAAGUUAAUUGAUUAUUACAUCAGAAUGAGACACAUCAGCAGAUAACUUUUUAUUUUCCUUACUUGGUACUUGAUGUAACAACGGAAUAGUCCAGUUUUAAAUAGGAAAAUAAUCAAAAGUCUGGCCAUUUUUGAGUGAGAUACUAAUGGUCUAAUCUGUUUCAAUGAACUAUGCUAAGCUAAGCUAAAGCAUGCUAGAAAGGGGAGUUUUACCAAUUUUGAAUCCAUUCAGGUGGAAGCAUUUUUAGCUUAGCUUAGCAUAGUUCAUUGAAACAGAUUAGACCAUUAGCAUCUUGCCCAAAAAUGACCAUAUUUCGAUAAUUUUCUACUCUAUUAUGGCUAGGAAUUAUUUUCUCAUUCCAGCAUGUUAAUUAAGGAACUUUGUGACAAUAUCAUGGCUAUAGUUGCGCAAUUGUACGGUACGGCAACAAAGUUAAUUGAUUAUUACGUCAGAAUGAGUGUAUAGAUUCUAGACUAUAAAAUAGCAGCUUUUCAUUUUCUAAAUCAGCCUAUAUAUGCGAUGUAACUCCAGAAGAGUCAAACUUUAAAGUUAAUUAAAUCUAAUGGUUUUUGAGAGAGAUGCUAAUGGUCUAAUCCGAUUCAAUGAACUAUGCUAAGCUACGCUAAAAGUACUCCUGCCAGAAUUAAUUCAAAAAUAGUAAAACUCACAUGUUUAUGAAGUCAUAAAACAAGCUGAUUUCUCCCUUUAAACAGUGGAGCGUUCCUUUAAUCAAGCGUUUGGUGCAGAUGUGUGUAGUGAAGUGUGUAUCGGUCCUGUUUCGCCUUGGUUUCUGCCUUUUUUCUCCACAAGAUCGAGUGUGACCGCCUUGUUUUCUUGAGGAACGCGACUCAAGCUUUGCUCCAGUGACUUUAGCUGAAGUUUAUUUGCUGUGUUGUAUACGGCACCUUUCAGAUCCAGCUGAAUAUCACGACUGAUUUGGGAUCAGUCUGGCUGUGAGCUUUUUUUUCCUGUAAGAGCUUUUUCCUGUCCGCUCGUGAAUGUGGAGAAUAUCAAUACUGUGAUUUUUAGGUUUCAGGGAGCCGUCGAUCGUCAUUCCUCCGUCAUUUUGCCUUCGGGUCUGAGUUGUGUUCGUGGAUAUCGCUACGCUGCAUAAAAAUGCUUUCUGUCUUUGUUUAUUUGUCUUGUUUUUAGUCUAAAUAUCUGAAUAUUUUUAAAUCAAGAAGCAUUUUUAAGUUGAAUGUUGAACACAACAUAUUUUACAGUGCAGAAAUAAGUCAAAAUUAAGCAAGUUUUUCCUUAAAACAAGAUAAAUAAUCGAUCAGUUGGUUGAAUAAAGAAAAAAACUCGCCUUAUUUGGACUUAUUCCAGAAAAUGAGACAAUAUUUGAAGACUUUAAAUGCAAAAACCUCUCAAAUUUACAUCUAAAAUGAGCAUUUUUCUCAAGCUGUUGUGUGUAGCUUCAGUAAUUUUACCCUUCGUGCAAUGUUUUCAUGCCUUUACUUGGUACUCGAUGUAACAAACGGAAUAGUCCAGCAUUAAACAGGAAAACUAUCCAAACUCUAAUCAUUUUGGGUGAGAUGCUAAUGGUCUAAUCCGAUUCAAUGAACUAUGCUAAGCUAAGCUAAAAUGCUACCACCAGAAUGCAUACAAAAAUAGUCAAACUUAUAUUUUUUGGCUCGUUCACAACUUUUCUAGAGCUAGAAAGGGGAGUUUUACCAAUUUUGAAUCCAUCCUGGUGGAAACAUUUUUUGGCUUAGCUUAGCAUAGUUCAUCGAAUCGGAUUAGAUUCGCUGCACUACAAAAAAAAAAAAAACUCACCUAAUUUGGAUUUAUUCUUGAAAAUGAGACAAUAUUUGAAGAGUUUAGAUGCAAAAACCUCUCAAAUUUACAUCUAAAAUGCACAUUUUUCUCAGGCUGUUGUGUGUAGUUUCAGUAAUUGUACUCUUAGUGGAUACAAUAGGCUUUAUUAAUGCCUUUAAAAUGAAAAAACUGAUCAUAAACAUUUCUAUCAGGGGAAAAACACCAAUUUUAGAAGAAAAUUUCAGACGUUUUUGUAUCUGAACUCUUCAUUUUAUUUUUUACUUGUCUAGAAAAUGCUUCUUGAUUUUAAGAGUUUGAUUUAUUUAGACUAGAAACAAGUGACAAAACAUUUUUUUGCAGUGUGGGGCUCACGUCAGAUUUAUUUAGACCCUCAGAUUUUGAGCAUCCACACUCUUUACUGUCAGUGCUGUGCCAAUGCCUGGAGGAGUGUUUGAGGACUUGAGAUUUUUUUUGAGAAACGUCAGACGUCUAGAAGUGAUGGAGCAGUGGUUUAGUUCCUCUCAAGAGCUCAUUGUGAAUAUGUAACAAGUCUGGACAUCAUUGUAACUUCAAUUAAAAGAAUAAAUAAAGAGUUUUACGGCUGAAUCAAA